AUGGCUGCCGACGAGCCGCUCGCAGAUGUUCGUAGGAGCAGCGUCGCUGCCAAUCCGGAUGAGAGAGUCCCCAGCGGUGUGGCAGAACCCCGGGAGGGCGACAGCUCGCGGCUUCGCUACGCACCUCCAUUACCCCAGCCCGAGCUCUCGAGAAGCGCAUCGGAAAGCGAGCAAGCUACGGCGCAAACAGCGGAUGAGCCUUUGGGCGAUGGGUCGUCAGUCAACCCCGAUCGCCGCGAUUAUGCCGCCGACCUUCAUGAGGUUCUCAACGCGCCAUCCGACGCCGACGCCGCGGCCCUCAAGCACAAGCACCACGAGCGCUACGGCGAAGACCCCGUUUGGACUGCUCUUCUUCAAGAGACGCGAGACACUUUGCGGCUGGAUAUUCGCAUCAAGGAGUUGCAGCUGCGAUAUCUGCGGCAAGAGCUGUUGGAGACGAAUGAGAUCAUGCGUGAAGAGUUUUCCGAAGAGCCUCAGGACCGGCAGUAG